CCCCGCCUCCAAACUAUUCAAAGGAAACAAGAGAAAUUGUAGCUGGCUCCACGCUGAAGCUCCAAACUCGGUCAGCAUCUCCCUCGGCAGGUUUCAGACUCUGUGGGAGGACACCAAGAAAGUUAUUUUUACUUUUUUCAGUUUUCAUUUUCAACAACAAUGACGUUCAGGAGGCUGAAGAAGGUGAACUCCAAUGGACCGGACAGCGGUCCCGCAUCUCAAGACGACAUUUAUUUCCCUUCGUCAAAGUCGGACAGCUGCAGGACUAUGGACACACCGAGCAACUCCUCGGAGGUUUACAACUACAAGACCCUGGCUUACUCCGGGGGGACGCUGCCCAGAAACUACAAAAAGGGUGGCGGCUUACAGAAGUGGAAACCCCUUACGCAGACGCCAGAACCACAAAGGAAGGUGGUGGUCCUGGAGAAAAAAGAAGAGGAGGCAUUUGGUUUUGAGAUUCAGACUUACGGUCUUCACCAUCAGGACCAAAACUCUGUAGAGAUGUGUACAUUUGUGUGUAAGGUCCACAAUGACAGCCCGGCUCAGCAAGCAGGACUUAAAGUUGGGGAUACCAUCGCAAGUGUGAACGAAGCCACCGUGGAGGGGUUUCGACACAAGGAAAUCGUUCAGCUCAUCAGAGCCAGUGGGAACUCGCUCAGGCUGGAGACGGUUUACAGUGACUCAAUUCGAAAAGCUGAACUAGAGGCCCGGCUGCAGUAUCUAAAGCAAACGCUGCAUGAGAAAUGGGAUGAAUAUCGCUCACUGAUGGUGCAGGAGCAGCGCCUUGUUCAUGGUAUAGUAAUGAGUGACGCUGCCUUGUAUGAGUCCCUGGAGUCAGCCGGUGUGUACGGCAGCCUCGGCGCUCCUAGCCCUGCGCUUCAGAGAGCCCUGCACUGCACAGGCAGCACCAGCAGCAGCGCCAGCUUUCUCAGCACGGCCACCGAGGAUGACCCUCUCUACCAAACCUGCAUAUAUCAGGCGGAUGGCAGCGUGGACUCUGACAGUGCAGAAAAAAAGAAAGAACAGUUACCGAAGCUGCAGCGCCUCCGGCCGACCAGCGAGUUCUUUUCAACGCCCAAGACGCAGCUGACCCGCAGCGCCAGCACUCGCAGCUACGUCAAAGGAUCUUCGUCAUCCGUUCCAGGGGAGAAGCCGGGAGCCACGCUGCAGAGGAAGCCCAAACAGAAAAGCUUCCGCAGACGCCUCCUCAAAUUCAUCCCCGGCUUGAACCGACCACUGGAGGAGGAGGAGAGCAAACUGUGAGCGGCAAACUGUUCACAGACAGCAGAACUAAAGACUUAAAGUAAUAAUUACUGCCAAACUAAAGUGCCAAAGAAAACAGCAAGCAGCCCCAAAGAGUGAAGAAUUUAAGACCAAAGUGUAUUGGUUCUGUAGUUGCACCUCUUCCUGUUUAAAUGGGUAGACCAAUGGACAUUUAGCUACAUUCGGUAGCAUUCAGUGUUUUAUGGCUGUACAUAAGUUGUUUUUUUUGUUUGUUCUAAGUUAUUUAUUUAUUUUUGCAUGUUCAGUUUAUGUUCAGAAUGAAGGAUGUCCCAGUUUGUACUGCAUGCACAAGUUUAAUUUUGACAGCUGAAUAAAACACCAAUGAUCAUUGUAA